AUGCAAUCGCACGCGCGAGCACAGGGAAUCGAUAUGAAUAAGCCGCUCGUCGAGCUCCUGCUGAUCCUGGGGCUUGUACACCUGGUAGCCACUCAAGUUACCGCUGCUCAGGAGAGACUAAGCAAAUUUGAAGAGCUCACCAGAGGCCUAGCAGAAGUUACACUUGACGAAGUUGAACCAGAUGAGGAACCCGAAUCCUCAAAGUAUGAUGACACCCUUGUCGCUGAUCUCGAGGCACGAAAACUUGACCUAGUGAUGGCGAUUCAAAAGCAGCAAUAUCUAAGCGACAAAAUCGAUGAAAUUGUUGGACAGAAUCAGGAUAUAGUUGACACUGUUCGAGAGUAUUUCCAGCUGCGCGAUCAGAUUACAGUUGAAGAGAGAGAAUACGCUCAACGGAAGCUCAAGUAUUACCAAAUCAUAUCAGUUGAACCCGCAAUUGAGUAUAUGGAUAAGUUCAACUGCCACUUAGUGCUGAACAUGAAAUCUGCUCGACACGCUGUGGAGUCAGCUACCAAGCAGUUUUCCCAAAAUGUGAAUGAAAUGAAUGGUGAGUACAAUCUGCAGGUUUUGGAGCUAAUUAAAGAGAUGAACAGCAUAUUUCGACAGAUUGAGGAAUGUCCUACUGAACGUGGAGCUUCACGGGAUGUUAGCACGUCAAAUCAAGAAAAGCGUGAUCUGCUAAUACUUCCUCUUGAUCGGCCCCUAAGCAUCGGAAGUAUACCGAGUCCUACCAUAUCAUUAAAUUCGCUGGAAUCGUCAGAUUCAAUUGGUGUAAGCCCUAAUAUGCCAUAUUCUCUGCCCGAAAAUGUCUCACCCAAAGACAACCAAGCUCGAACUCAAGAGAAUAGCUCUAUAAACACCCCAACAAACAAGGCGUCACGGAAAAAUCCAUUCAGGGCUGACAACGCAACUAUACCGAAUUAA